ACUCGCACGCCGCCCAGAGACGAGAGCAGACAAGGUCAGAGCUCGGCAAACAGUCCAUCCCUUAGACGUGGGCAACGGGAGGGGGAGUCCGAGGUUCCACGGAAGAAAAUAAAUGCCUGUUGCAACGCGAAUACGCAUGGUAUGGCGUAAGUGGAGCGACGUGUGGAGUGCUUGUUCAGAGGCGGGCAGUUCUUCGCGUCUCAGCGCCGCGAGUGAGCCUGCAAAAGCGGCACAGGAACAGGCGAGCUGAGUGAAUCAGAGCCCCCGGCUGAGCACCGGGCACGUCGCAUUAUACAAAGGAGAAAGCCGGCGCCUCCUAUCAGGCAUCGGGCACAGUUAUAAUGUUACUGCCUUUGUUUUUGCCCCUCAUCGGGGCCUUGACUGUUAAAGGCGACUUCUUCCAGCUGGACAGCCUCUCGAACAUGUCGAGAUACUACCUAAAUUAUGUCUACUGUAAUAUUUGGGAGGAGGAGUGUAGGUCGCAACAAGAGGAUCCCACCAUCCAAGUGCCCACUGGAGAUUUUUGGUCUUCGCUUACCGCAGAUUAUAUUCAAGUGCUGUCUGAACUGUACUGCAGCUUUGGUCAGUGUUGUGAUAACGGAGACUGCAGAAUUCUUAAUAAUGUUACAGGUCUGGAGAGAGAUUUGGAGGAAAAGUUACAUGGACAGCAUUUGGCAAAGGAGGUGGUAGUAAAUGCUGUAAGAGGUUUUUUAAAGAAUUCCAUGCCAGAAAAAGCUCUGGCCCUUUCAUUCCAUGGAUGGUCUGGUACUGGAAAGAAUUUUGUAGGACGCAUGAUUGCAGAAAAUCUGUAUCGUGGAGGUGUGAAAAAUGAAUGUGUCCGCUUGUACAUUGCACCCUUCCAUUUCCCACAUGCAAAGCUUCUGGAUGUGUAUAGGGUACAAUUAAUGGAGGGAAUCAAAACUACAGUUCAAAACUGCCAGCAAGCCCUCUUCAUAUUUGAUGAAGCAGAGAAAAUGCACCCUGGCCUCCUGGACACCAUCAAGCCAUACAUGGACUAUUAUGAUAAUGUUGAUGGAACUGAUUUCAGAAAGUCCAUCUUCAUCUUUUUAAGUAACAUAGGUGGAUCUGCAAUCAACGAAUUGGCCUUGGAUAUUUGGCAUUCUGGACAGGACAGAGAAGAUAUUGCCAUGGAUGAUUUGGAACCAAGGCUGCGAAAUGAUGUACUAGAAUCACAGGGUGGAUUCUCACAGAGCCGGCUGGUUUCAGGAAACCUGAUUGAUUUCUUUGUGCCCUUUCUUCCAAUGGAAUACCGACACGUUAAACUAUGUGCUCGUGAUGCUUUCCGGGCUCGAGAAGUUGACUACACGGAACAGAUGUUGGAUGAGGUAGCAAAAGGGAUGGUGUAUUUUCCAAAAGAAGAAAAACUGUUCUCUACUCAGGGCUGCAAAUCUGUACCUCAGCGAAUUAGCUUUUUUUUGCCUUGACCAUACUUACAAAUAGCACUUUGCCAUGCGACAAGUUUUCCUUAAUUUUUGUAAGGAAAAGCUCCAGGCCUUUUUUUUUUUUUUUUUUUUUUUUAAAGGUGAUUUUAUUUGAAUCUGGCUCUAAGCUAGAAUGGUGGGGCAAUUUGUGUUCUACGCACUUUCACCAAGUUGACUGUUGUGGGGGUACAAAAAGUGUGUGGUGUUUACACAAGCAAAGCUGUAUUUUAAAAAUCUAAAGAGAAGACGUCUUGAAUGACUGAGGGUAAAAGAAUAUACCACAUAUCUGCCCUGUGGAUCAGGACGGAGUAAAAAUCAGCCAGAAGCAAACAGAUGUAAAAAUUGGCAUGUGGAUGAAUUCAACAAAGUUGCGGAAAAUGUGACAUUAAUACAUAAUGAAGCCACUAUACUUAAAACAUGAGUUUCCAUCAAGUACUGUCUGAGGCAGUUACAGCAUUACCACAAUGUAAUUCAAAGUCCAAACUGUUUUAUUUUGUGCAUCAGUCCCCUUUUAUGAAUUAUUUAUUUUAUUUUUAUGUAUUUUUAUGCAAAUGAAUGCAGAAAUGAAUGAAUAAGUAGGUUAGUAAGUGCGUAACGAGUAUUUCCUUGGCAUUGACACACUCUUGUUGUUGGCAACUAAAUCCAUGAAGGUUUUGCGUUGUCACCUUUCUAUUUUACAGUAUAUUUGCUAUUAUAUCCUUUUACUGGCGGCACGGGUAGCGCUGCUGCCUCGCAGUUAGGAGACCCGGGUUCGCUUCCCGAGUUCUCCCCGUGUCUGCGUGGGUUUCC